AUGGUCAAUGGACACCGGACUGCUGCCGACCGAGCUUGUCGAGAUGACGUCCAGAGGCCUGCCGUGGACCCGCAUGCAAGUGAAAGACGGAUGCCGAUGUGCGAGUCACAUAGCGGACUCCCUGUCGCCCACAUGGCUGGAUCUUAUGCAAAGCACUCGCUGAUUGGUCUUAGAGCUAGCGCGGCGACUCUCCGACAGCCGGGGUGGUUGUUAGCCUUGCUCCAGUCGUUGCCCGGCCACCAAUUGGAGCUCGAGGUUGUUCUGGGGCACGCCAACCGUGGCACUUCGAUACAGGCCAGGCCCACGUUACUGACUGUAUUAUGUCUUAGAAACUGGAAUCCUUUACCCGAGGGGUGCGAGGAACGGAUGUUGUCCGAGCCCCAGGCCCACCACCCCGGUCUAAAAGAAAUCUCAACUUGGGCGACUGAUUGGGAAGCGGCUAUACUAAGCGGUCAGGCCAUGGGAGGGAAGAUGUCAUGGCGCGCUGAUGUUGGAAUUUGGGGGGGCCGCGUGACUCCACGGGACUUUCCCCACCAUUGUGGGAAGGCUUACUACCAGCCAAGCCGCGCAACUGGAGCCUUGCUUGUUGUCGGCGUGGCACUCUCCCUACCGUCGAAUGACCCAACGCCACCGAGGCAUUUAAUAAUCGCGCGCCCAACCAGCUUACCUGUUAACUUUGCCGAUUUUUUUCUCAUUGUCGCCAUAUUCAAGUUCCGAACUUCAGGUUGCGAGAGAAUGUCAUCAUGCAUGGAGAGGCCCUCCAUCAGCUUGACUCAUGAGCCAGUCCAGAAACGCCAAGACCGUUUUAACCGGUCUUGCCAAUACCCGACAAGCUUAAUGUUGAGGCUUUGGGCGUGGGAUGGCGGUAAUUUUGCACCCCUAUGGGCCGAAUCAAUUAUACCCACUCCCAUCGCGGUUUCUCCGAGCCCCUUCAGUCCGAGGAGGUCCAAUUGUCUUAGAAGGGAGCGAAUGUACUCAGUGUCAGACCAUGAGUACUAUGCAGGAUGCAACCACUAA